UCAUAGCGGUCGAUAAAAAAGGUGACCGACCUGUCACUUAAUCACAAAUGUCAAUAAAUCGACCAAACCAAACAACAAAAUGUUGGAAAACGUCUCGAAUUCGAAAUAAAUAGUAAAAAAAAGGAAACGAUGUGGUGUACAGAUAACGUUGCAUGUUAUUGGUAAUAAUCAAUGUACUAACUGUGGUAUUAAGUAUUAUUUUAGUGGUAGCCUACAUUAUUUAUAUUAGCAUUAAACUGUUACAAAGGAUGGAUCCUGAAGACGCAAAGUUUAUGAGAACUGAUCGCAAACCCGGAACUUUAGAUGUACACCCUACAUUAAACGCCCUCAUAUUGAAUUAUGAUUUGGAAGUGCAGAUUUUAGGAAACAAUGAAAGUGUUUUGUAUGGAGAAAAAAUGGCCAUGAAAAAAAUUAUUGAACUCCCUUUAUUGAAUUCAAGAACAGAUUGCACAGCCUUGGCUAAAGAAGUACUCUCUCAAUGCGACCUUUUACACCCUUCAAGGCUUGUGGAAGUUGAACAAACCAUCUAUUAUUUAAAAAAACGCAAAGGAUCAUCUUCUGGAAAUACAAAAGAUGCUGACAUUGCAAAUAAAAACAUGGCUAAUAUCGAUGAAAACGCAAAUAUUAAUUGUUUAAAUGAAUAUGUGGAGUUACUUUAUGAGGGUAUCUCAGAUAAGGUUAGGGCUUCACAUCUAAUACUUAUAUUGGCUCGAGACCCUGAAAAUUUAGAAUCUCUAUCGCGAAAUGAAACAUUCCUAAGUGCUUUAGCUAGAGUUUUACGUGAAGAUUGGAAAAAGAGUAUUGUCUUAAGCACAAAUUUAAUUUUUAUUUUUUUUUGUUUUUCAACUUACUCAACAUUCCAUCAUGUUGUAUUACAUUACAAGAUUGGCUCUUUGUGUAUGGACAUUAUAGAUUUCGAAUUAGGUCGUUACGACGACUGGAAAUCUGAAUUAGAUGGCGGACAAAAACCUCAAAUUGACUCUCCAAACGUAAAACGUAGCUGCCCCAAUAGUGCAAGUAUGACUGAAAUACCCCGCAGUCGAAUUCCAGAACCAGUUCGACCAAAAUCUGGUAAUUUUACUGAAGUUAAUGUAAAAACAACAACUGUUGUUAUGGAUGGAAGCGUUUAUGAGGAUUUAUCAAAUUCCACUGAAAGCAUAAUCGAUAAAAAACAACUCUCAGAAGCAGAAAAAAUCAAACGAUAUAGGACAUUAAUAAGAAAACAAGAACAAUUACUUCGAGUCGCGUUUUAUUUAUUAUUAAAUAUAGCUGAAGAUGAAAAUGUUGAAGAAAAAAUGACAAGAAAAAAUAUUGUUGGGUUAUUAGCGAAAGCUUUGGAUCGAGAACAUGAGGAAUUAUUGAUUAUUGUCGUUUCGUUUUUGAAGAAGUUGUCAAUUAUGCAAGCGAAUAAGGACGUAAUGGCCGAUUUGAACGUUAUUGAGAAAUUACCGCGACAUUUACAAUCGAAUAACGCUGAUUUAGUACAUUUAUCGUUAAAAUUGCUUUUUAAUUUAAGUUUUGAUGGGGAUUUGAGAUCAAAAAUGAUUAAAAUUGGGUUGUUACCUAAAUUGGUCAGUUUAUUAACUGAUGAUCGACAUCAAACAAUUGUUUUAAAACUUCUUUAUCAUUUAAGUUAUGAUGAAGAUGUUAAAGUACAAUUUACCUACACAGACUGUAUAUCAUUGAUUACUGAUAUGCUUCUAUUAAGUGCCGGAGAUGACGCAGAUCAAAUAAUAGUCGCUCUUUUAAUAAAUUUAGCUACAAACCCAAGUAACGCCCAACAAAUGGCUGAUAGUAGCCGUUUACACUCCUUAAUGACCCGUGCUUUCGCUUACCAAGAUUCACUUUUAAUGAAGAUGAUCCAUAAUAUUUCGGAACACGACCAAAUCCGGUCGAGUUUUAUCGAAUUCGUCGGGGAUCUCGCAAAAGCAGCGGUCGAAUCGAAAAAAGACGAAUUCAUUUUAGAAUCGUUGGGGGUACUCUCGAAUUUACACCUUCCCGAUUUGGAUUGGGCGGAAAUUUUUAAACAUUUUGAUAUGGUCGAUUGGGUUAAAAAUAUUUUAACGUCCAAUGCGAUGGAACCGGAUAUGAUUUUACAGGUUAUUAUUUUAUUAGGAACGGCGGUACACGACGAGGGAUGUUCCUUGUUGCUUUGCAACGCUGAAUUGCCUUUGAUUCUUAUCGAUUUAUUGAAAACUCAUCAAGAAGAUGACGAAAUUGUUUUACAAAUCGUUUAUAUAUUUAUGAUUAUGUUAUCACAUGGAGAUACGGUUGAUUAUAUUAUAAAUAAAACAGAAGCUCCAGCGUAUUUAAUAGAUUUACUUCAAGACAAUAAUAAAGCGAUACGUCGCGUGUGUAACACGUGUUUAAAUGCGAUUGCGGAAUGUAACGCAACAUGGGCUGAUCGUAUACGGAUUGAAAAAUUCCGUAAUCACAAUGCCCAAUGGUUACAAAUGGUAGAUUCGCAUCAAUUAGAACCAGAAGUUGAUGAAGACGAUAAUGAACUCCCUCCUUAUUUAAAUACAGAGUAUCUUAGUACAGCUGUUGUACCACCUUUAGAAGAUUUAGCAAACGUCCAUGGCAUACAAGAUCCCGAAAUUUUAAUGGUUAAAGAGAUGGAUUAUGAUUAUUUUGAAAAAUCCGAUGAAGAAGGACUCGAAAAUUACGGGAUUGAAUCCACGUAAUCCCUUUAAGGUUUAGUAACGCACAAAUAUGCUAUUUUAGAAAACGAAAGUAAUUUUAACUUUUACCUUUAUUAUUAUUGUAAAAAAAAUAAAUAUACCUAUUAUUAUUCUUAUUAUUUAAAAUUGUAUUACAGUAUUUCAGGUAAAUUGUAAUUUCUAGUCUACACGUGCUGUUAUUAACAUUUAUUAAUAAGCAUUAUAUUUAUUCAGUUAUUAACUUAUACUCCAUCCUCAAACUUAUGAGAGAAUAUAUUUAAAUAAAGUAUUUAAUGAAGAAA